AUGAUCGACGAUCUUUCCAUUGAACCACUGCAAGGUCAAAAGUCUAUUCUUCAUGGAUAUGCGGGUGUCACUAACCAGAUGGCAUACAAGGGCACUGUGUCGUUCAAGACUACCAAGGACGCAAAAGUACUCUCACUGACUCUGGAGCUGCGUGGAUCGAUUCAUACUGCUCUUUCCUCUGAAGAGGGCCAUUUUGUUGUCCAGCAGGACAUUCUUUCAAGUGCUCUACGUAUCCUUGAUCCUACCACAGGCUCUACUCCUGAGAUUGAUAUCAAGGGCAAAGGACCAACUAUUUUGGUGCCCAAAGGUACGCCAGCAUUCGAGUUUGCUAUCGAUGUGCCUAAUGACAUUGCACAGGCUCUUCCUGUAAGCUAUAUGCGAUCGCUUCCUCCACCAACUGGUGCUGCUGCAGAUGCAGCAAAAGCAUUUGCUACGGAACUUGCCACUGCCUCAAAAAAUGAUGGAGGCGCAACACUCAAAAAGAGCAAGACUUUCAGCAGCUCUAGUCUUGAUGAAACCACCAAAAAAAACUGGAAUGGUGGUAAAAUAUCAUAUAAACUUACAGCCACCUUGGAAGUGCUGCAGACCAUUCUGCUUAUAUCGAGUCGAAAAGUGUAUACUGUCACCGAAGAGAUUGACUUCCCACGAGUGGAUGCCAUGGCUGUUGCACGAUCGGUGCAUACUAAUACCGGAAGGCUGAUGCAAGGAUCCGACAACUACAUCGAUUACAAGUUUGAACUUGAUCGAACCAUUUUUGGUAUUGGCCAACCAGUCAAAGUAAAUAUCAUCUCUCUCAUUCCAAAAGAGUUCAAGCACUCGAUUGCCCGAGUUACUGUCAAUCUGGUUCAGAUUGAAAAAAUACGUGCCGUUCGCGAUCAAUCACUGGAGCGGCCUCACUGUUAUAAACAGUGCAUUCAAAAGAGCAUCCUUGACAGCACUGAGAUUGAACGUCCUUCUAAAGGAUUCAAGAAAUUCAUGACUACUGUGAGCAAAAAGAUUGAACCAUGGCGAGGAGAGACGACAGUUAUUGUCGAAACUGCCCACCGCAAACUUAGAAACGACCCCAAAUACAAGGCAAUUGAUUCAAUCCAAAGUUUCGACUCGGAGUUUGUAACCGUCACGCAUCAGAUUGAACUGCGAGUCAAAAUUGCAAAUCUAUCUGAAAUCAUGGUGUAUUCUGUCCCUGUUCGCUUCUUUGAUAUUGAUGGCGAUACUCGACAUUGGGUUCUUAACAAUGCAGAUUGUCUCACUGGUGGUGAUGUAACAGAGGAAAAUGAGGACGCAAAGAGCGGUUACAUAUUUGACGAAGAUGAUCUUCCAUAUCUUGAUCCACCAUAUCUCGAUCCACCGGUAAUAGACACCACGCCAUUGACCUUUGAAAAUAUAUCGCAACAAAACUCGAUUGAUGAAGAUGGAAGCGAUAUUGAUGCGUUAAAGGAUGACAAAACUUCCGAGGCACCCGCCUUGGCUACUGGUACUGCCCAACAGAUACCUGUGGCUGCGACUGCCAUAAAAGAAGUAGUGGAACCAGCCAUUUCCACUAUCGAUCAGAAGGAUAAGAAACAGAUACACAAGGAAGUUCUUGAACACAAGGAGGAAUAA